AUGCACCUGCUCUACAUCUUGCGGUCGCAGCGGCUUUUGCAUCAUUGUUACCUGCUGUUAGACAAAUUCUUGGACUCACGAAUGUAUUCAGGACUACAUACGACUGCUUCGGCGCCCUCAAUGCGCGCAGCAGAGCCAUAUGCGCUCAUGUCUCCUCCGAUGAACGAUGACCCGGGCAACGUCAAGGUUGUAGUGCGAUGUAGGGCCUUUGUGAGGAGAGUAGAGAAGGAAAAGGGCACGCGCUGUCUGGUUCGCAUGGACCCAGCAACACAGAAGACAACGCUCUUUGCACCCGCGACCGACGACUCCAAUACGCGAAGAGCCUACGAAGACAAGGAGUUCACCUUUGACCGCUCCUACUGGUCGCAUGACGAGACCGACCCGCACUAUGCUCACCAAGAGGACGUCUACCGCUCCUUUGGCGAAGACUUCCUCGAUCACAACUUUGAAGGAUACCACACAUGUAUAUUCGCAUACGGACAGACGGGAUCAGGGAAGAGUUACACCAUGAUGGGAACACCAGACAACCCAGGGCUUAUUCCACGCACAUGCGAGGAGCUGUUCGACAGGAUAGCGCACGAGCCCUCACCCAACACAAACUACCACGUCCAGGUGUCCUACUUCGAAGUGUACAACGAGCAUGUGCGGGACUUGCUCACGCCGAAGACGACCCCACCCAUCUACCUAAAGAUCCGAGAGAGUCAGAAGGAUGGCGUUUAUGUGCAGGGCUUGACUGAGGCAGAGGUCAAGAGCUAUGCCGAUGUGGCACGCCUGAUGAAGGUUGGCGACUUGAGCCGAACAACCGCAUCCACCAAGAUGAACGACACCUCGUCACGUUCGCAUGCCGUCUUCACGAUCCGUCUCAAGCAGAUUACACAUUCCCUCCUCUCUGACGAGACUAUCGAACGCACUGCCCGCAUGCGCCUUGUCGAUCUAGCAGGUUCUGAGCGCGCAAAGUCUACAGAAGCUACUGGGCAACGCUUGAAGGAGGGAGGCCAGAUUAACAAGUCCCUCACCACACUUGGUCGCGUGAUUGCUGCACUCGCAGACCCUCGCCGACAUGGUAACAAGGGGAGGCGGCCACGCGAAGUCGUCCCAUAUCGAGAUUCGGUCUUGACAUGGCUCCUGAAAGACUCACUGGGGGGCAACAGCAAGACGGCUAUGGUAGCCUGCAUCGCGCCAGCCGACUACGACGAGACUUUGUCCACUCUCCGCUACGCCGAUCAAGCGAAGCGCAUCCGCACUCGUGCCCUAGUCAACCAGGACUGCAUGUCUGCUGCACAGCGAGAUGCUGAGCUCACCGAAAUGGCGGAGCAGAUCCGGAGCUUGCAGGUCAGCGUCAAUGCCGCCAGUCAGCGCAAGAGAGAAGAAGCAACAGAGCUGGAAGAAUACCAGAGACAGGUCGCAUUGAUGCAGCGACUAAUGGAGGAGAAUCGACAAGUCUCAGCUGCAAAGAUCAAAGCCCUGUCUAGUGAAGUCGAAGAGCUCCGACCCGCCAACGCCACACUCCGUGCAGAGAUUGACUCGUUACGCCGUCAUCUUGCGCUCGCGCUUGGAGAGCUCAAGAAUCCGAUCGUGCUGCCUCCGCCACAGUCCGUGGGCUCGCCUAACUUUGAGCAGGACGAAUGGCUGGGUGAAAGGGAUGGUAAAGAGAACCCUAUUCCCGCUCCCACUGAUGGUGAAGUCAGCGAUAACGACUCUGAUUCAGGAUAUGAUGAAGGCGACCACGAUGAGCUGGCACAGGAGCUGCAGAACGAGGCUGAGAACUUCUUGAAAGAUCUCGGGGUCUUCCGCAAGAAGGUUGGGAGCGAUGUUGAACGAUUUGGAGUCCGGGAGGCUCUGGCUCAUAUCGCCUGGAAUUGA